AUAAAGAAACAUCCGCCUCGCCGCCGCCAUCUUGGACCUGCCCCUCCGCGAAUCUGCGCUGUUUUUAAAAUCUCCCCGUCUCUUCUGCUGUUAUGACCCAACAUGACCGGAGGAACCGAGUUUGAGAACAGUUACGGCGACAACAAAGACCCGGAGAGCACGAUGGAGACCGACAUGGACUCCGGGAACAUCGAAAACGAGCGGGCGGAGCUGGAGGCGAGUGUCCCGGCUCCGUCCUCCUCCAACGGCAGCGGCGGGGAGGAGGACGAGGCUGAGACCGAGGCCCGAGAGCGGGAGGCCGGGGGCUUGAGUAGCGUAGCCUCGGCCGAUGGAGGAGCGGUUCAGAGCGGCGGGAGGGACCAAGAGGUGUCGGUGGAAAUAGGAGAGACGUAUUUAUGUCAAAGGACAGACAAAACCUGGCACUCCGCAGAGGUCAUCCAGUCCAGGCUAAACGAGCAGGAGGGCAGAGAGGAGUUCUAUGUGCACUAUGUUGGAUUUAACAGACGUCUGGAUGAGUGGGUGGGUAAGAAUCGCCUUGCUCUCACAAAGACAGUGAAAGAUGCGGUGAGGAAGAGCACAGAGAUGGGAGGAGUCGACCUGGGAGACCAACCAGAGCGCAAAAUCACCAGGAACCAGAAACGCAAACACGACGAGAUCAACCAUGUACAGAAGACAUACGCAGAAAUGGACCCAACGACAGCUGCCCUCGAGAAGGAGCACGAAGCGAUCACCAAAGUGAAGUACGUGGACAAGAUUCAGAUCGGAAACUUUGAGAUUGACGCCUGGUACUUCUCCCCGUUCCCAGAGGAUUAUGGGAAACAGCCCAAACUGUGGAUUUGUGAAUACUGCCUCAAGUACAUGAAGUUUGAGAAGACCUUCAGACACCACCUGUCGAAUUGUCAGUGGAGGCAGCCCCCAGGAAAAGAGAUUUACAGAAGGAGCAACAUCUCAGUGUUUGAGGUGGAUGGACGCGACCAUAAAAUUUACUGUCAAAACCUGUGUCUUCUGGCUAAACUUUUCCUGGAUCACAAAACACUUUACUUCGACGUGGAACCCUUUAUUUUUUAUAUUCUCACAGAAGUCAACAAACAAGGAGCACACAUCGUUGGCUACUUCUCUAAAGAAAAAGAGUCUCCGGACGGUAAUAACGUGGCCUGUAUUCUCACUCUGCCUCCGUAUCAACGCCGAGGCUACGGGAAGUUCCUCAUCGCUUUCAGUUAUGAGCUGUCGAAGCUGGAGAGCACAGUGGGGUCUCCGGAGAAGCCUUUGUCAGAUCUGGGUAAACUGAGCUACAGGAGCUACUGGUCAUGGGUCCUGCUCGAGAUCCUGCGGGACUUUAGAGGCACGCUGUCAAUCAAAGACCUCAGCCAGAUGACGAGUAUCACACAGAGUGACAUCAUCAGUACACUACAGUCUCUGAACAUGGUCAAAUACUGGAAAGGUCAACACGUGAUCUGUGUCACUCCCAAACUGGUGGAGGAGCAUCUAAAGAGUGCACAGUACAAGAAGCCCCCCAUCACUGUGGACACACAGUGUUUGAAGUGGGCACCUCCUAAAACCAGACAGGCAAAAUUAACAAAGAAGUGAACCCCCUGUCCCCUGUUUAAAUGUACAUAGUUGUCAGUAUGUCUGUAUUUUCUUAAAUAUACAUUUUAUUUAC